GGCGCAGCCCAUCCCCUGCUUUUCGCCCGGGCGCCGCGGCUCCGCCAGCGCUUCGUUUCGGCGCGCCCGGCGGGCGCUGGUGGCGGCGUUUGAUUUGCAGAUCCCGUUGGAUGAGCAGUACAGGACGUGGGGAUGGCAUGAUGCGCCACUGGACUUUCUGCAGAACUUCGAUCUGAGCUUGACCUCUGGCGAUCCUCCAGAGAGAGUUCUCCUAUUGCCCCCUGCACACUUGGCGCGAUAUCCGCUGACACCGCGCACACGCCAGAGGUUGCGCCGUGCUCAGAUUCGCCUGGUGGAAGUGCCAUGGAUUGAGCCACCAGAAGGAGACCCUUCCACCUUGGUUCAGAGCCAACAGUUUCGUGUUGCUUCAGCCUCUCUUGGCCAGCCUUCUGAAGCCCGUCUCCUCAGUCGAGAAGCCACGCAAAGCCACUGCAGCGUGCUGCGACGGAGCUAUCUGCACUCCGAGGACUGUGGACAUACAGGGCAUCUUCUCCCCUCCGGUUUUCUGGUGACCGGGACUGGCAGAAGUGGCACCAAGUUUUUGGUCAAGGUGCUGAAUGCCUUGGGUCUUCAGGUGAGCCACGACAACGCGAAGCAGCGCAGCGCAGAUGGAGCUGUGAGUUGGGUCCAUGGCAACCACAAGAGGGGUUGUCAGCUACCGUGGUGGAGUUAUAACGUCAGUGACAGCUUCUUCAGUGAAGUGUUCCUGAUGCUCAGAGAUCCUUUAGAUCAGAUCUCAUCGAGAUCGGAGAAUGGCAAUUUGGAGCGGAGGGAAUGGUACGACUUUCUGUCUUGUUCUUCACGUAUGAAUGACGAAGGACACGAUGUUUCAGGACCCCCAGGACCCCCUUCUGGCGAAGAGGAUUCCGACGUGGUCCGCAGCUUGAAGACUGCUCUCAAGUUCUACGUCCUCCAAAAUAGUUUCAUCGAAGAAUAUGCCGCGAAAACUUUUCGAGUGGAAGACCUGAGAGAGGAUCCACAGAUCCUCAUGGACAUAUGCUCCAGAAAUCACAGCUGCAACUGCAGUUUCGCAAGGGUGACGGAAGUCAUGAAGGAAGUGGGCGAUAAGGUGAACUCCAACCACACGAACAAGACGUCCAACGUCACCUGGUCACGUUUGGCAGCUCUCGAUCGACCCUUUGCAGUGAUGGCACAGAUCCUGGCUCAACGUCAUGGCUAUGUGCUGCCAAAGGAGGACGUUCUUCCUGAAGCGGCAUUUGGAUUCUCGUGUGGUUUCGACGGACCAGAUGAAGAGACAAGUCGAUGGACCUGCAAGUUGAACUCAGAGGGGAAACGACUUCUCGAAGACCAGUUCAGUCUGUCGAAGCUGGCCGCAGCCAAAGACUCUCAACGCCAUUGCCACCUGCAGAGCGCUCAGCUUAAAAGGUCCAUCGUCACUUUGUCCAUCUCCAUGGCUGGCUCCGGCAGCGGGAUGACGGAUGAGCUGGAUGAGCUCUGUCAAGUGCCGCAGGUCUUGGCCAACGGUGCAGGCCAUGUCUUGGUGCCGUUACGGCACCCAUUGGCGCGGCUGCUGACAGGUUUCCAGCAGGCACAGAUGGUGCAAUUCAACACCCUGAACCAAUUCCUCGACUCGCUCCGCAACAGUUCAGAGGAGAAGCACCAGCUGGCCUUGGAUUUGGCAUACCGUCCCGGUCGCGCCAACUUUUUGUUACCACUGCAGUUCUACUUGGGAGACAGUGUUCCAUCAUCGGUGCGGCAACGCCGCGUGGUGAGUUUCAUCUGCAGAUGUCGGAUGGAAGAGGAGUUGAAACGGAUCAGUCAAAGUUUACACGUCGAUGUGGACUUCUCAGGUCUUGAGAAGCCUGAGCCGGAUGACGCCAUGCUGUAUGACGCGAUGCUGCCAGGCUCCUCGUUAUCCUCCAAGAACCGCGCCUGGUUCCUGGCAGAAUAUGCCGCUGAUCUGGCCCUCUACCAGGACAGCAGAAAGACCCGAGAUGACCGAGAUGGUGCAAGAAAAAGCGUGAACAUUUUGCAGAGCCCCAGCCGGGCCACCCUUGAAGAAGAUCUGAAAUUGACUUCGGUGGUGCACAUCGUAGACUUGAAGACGAUGGUGCCUUCGACAGAAGCCAUCCUGGCAGACAGGCCAUGGCGCUUCUGCCCAAAGGCUUCGCCAAAGCGACUUCGGGACAUCUUUCAAGCGAUCUUUGGCGGACCAGCUGGCCAGCCAGGCAUUUUCCGCACCAGUCAUGCUGUGGUUGUUUUCGAUGGCCGGUCGAAAGCAGCACACAAAGAGAUCCAUGGAAUGCUCGGCAAAGUGCUGAAGCUGGUGCCUAAGGAUGACGUCAUGGCCAGGAAGACAGUCAUGUACCGAUAUCACUAUCACAACCGCCGCUCGGCAUUGACUGGAUAUGUGCCGAACAUGUUUAGCAGCACAUGCCAUACGCAGGGCAUCUCGCCCAGCGUGGCACAGCGGAAUUUGGAGAACCACUUUGGCAACCGGGAGUACAUCCGUCUGCACGCCAUGAAUUUGGACUACGAUGUGGUGGUCUACCUGGACACGGACAUGCGCAUCGUUGGCGAUCUGAAUCCCAUCUUCGAAGAUGGUGAAGAAGUCUUCCUGUCCACAGGCAGUGAGGUGGCACCCUUGGAUGGCGGAUUCUUCGCUGUGAAGCCCAGUGGACCCUUGUUUCGCGCCAUGCUGGAUGUGUUGCGCACGGUGCACUACGACAGAGACACUGGAUGGAACAGGAUGGGGCAUGGCUACAGCUUAGCGAUUGGCACAGCAGAGGGCAACUACCCCGCAGGGCCGCAAGGAUUUUUGUAUCACUUCUUCUACAUGCCGGACCCUGCCGUAGACUUGGCCCUGAAGCGGAAUGGCAUCAUGGUGCGACCCAAGAGUGCGCAAGUGGAUGCCUGCCGAUGGAAUUACAACAGCUUUCAUGGCAACUUCAAGUGGAGAUACGUCGACGAAUACAGCUACUUUGCGGCCAUGCCUUCAGAGUGGCGGGACCAGGUGCAAGCCUUUCAUCGCAACACCAACUGGACCUUCCCCUGCGACUUCACGCUCACCAAACCAGUACUGCUUCACCAUACGGACGAAGCCAUUGAAAGCUAUUUGCUACACCUCCAGGAGAAACACCCGAAUCGGAGCACCGUCCUCCUACCGCGGAGUCAGAAAGAUGUGCACAGUGGCCCUGACGUUGCCUUUUGGGAUGACCCCAUGGCAGAGGGAUCUAGAAGAUUUGGUCACUGA